CUACUUUCGUUAAUUCGCUAUUCAAUCAACUCUUUUUUUCCUACCAUCUUCUUAACGGUUCGGUGGUAUAUGUGGGAACUGGUAUGGUAUGCAUGGUUAUGAGACAUUCCACGUUUCGGAUUAUCCACGCAGGAGUUGUUUACAUUUGUCAUUCUGGGCUUGGCGUACUUGGGUAACUUGCAUCUACGCGCUUCACUUUCUCACGAUAGUUCGGCAUUCAUCUUUCGCGGUACUUGUUAGCGGUAGUGAAUGGAACAAAAAAUAUCCACAUUUUCAAUCUCCACAUAGCUCUAGACAACUCAUUGUGAUGUGUACUUUCAGCGAGCAUUACCCUUGCGCAUGUUUAGUCCUGAUAUCUCGCUUGCGGUACUUACCUUCUUAAUCCGGCCUGUUAAGCGAGGGGUGUCAAACACGACAGUCCACCUCACCUUCCAUACAUUUGCAU